UUGGCUCGUGAAUGCAAAGAAAGCAGGAAAAUACUACAGUAGUAAAAUAGUAAGACCGACGCAAUAAUCUGAAAUCACAGCAGAUAUGCUGUAAACGCGCAUCACCGUCUUCUCUCUCUCUCGUUUUUCUAUCUGCUAUCUAUUCUAUACUCUAUACCAAUCCUGGUCCAAUCUUUGAAACUUUGAAGACGACCUACUCCACCCACCAUUUCUAUUCUCCUCCUAUUUUCACUCCAAAACUCCCCAUUUUUCCGGCUAUGAUGUAGUACUAUCUUCCGAUUACCCCUUUUUUCGACUUUCCCCCCCCCCCCCCCCCAAAAAAAAAAAAACCAAAGAAAAUGGUAUUUAAAGGCAGAUUUUUCUCCUCGAAGAAAUCAUCAGACUCUGAUGGAUCCAACAGUCCUCGUCGUUUCAAUUCACCCAGUAGAUCCGAGAAGAAGAAGGGUAAAUCUUCUGAAAAAGAUUUAAUUAAUAAUACUGGUAAUAGUAAUUCUACUGUUUCAGCUACUAAUAAUAGUAGUAGUAAUUCGAAACAUUCAGUUGUUACCAAGAAGAAGGAUGGUAAAGGUAAGGAAGCUCGAAUUGAUUCUGGGAUUAAGCCCAAUUCAGGGUCACCGUCGGCUUCGGUGUCGCCGAUUCUUGCUUCGUCUUUGGGUUUGAACAAGAUUAAGACGAGAUCAGGGCCGUUGCCUCAGGAGAGCUUUUUCGGGUUUCGACCCGAAAAGAGCGGUGUUGUGCUUGGGUCUAGUAAUCUUUCUAAGCCUGGUGCGGUGAUUGCUAGUGAUGGGAGUGGCUCCAGUAGUAAGGGUAGUGGGAAAAAGGAGAUGGUUUGGUUGGAUAAUGUUGUUGAGAGUGGAAGUAAUUCCGAUAGCAUGUCGCCCGAGAGCGGUGGGACUGCCCCGAGCCCGAGUUUGUUGAAUGCAGGCCAGUUGCCGCGGUCUAGACUGUCGGCUGGAGGAGUAGGAAAUUUAAAUUCAUCCUGGGAGCAGUCAGGAAGCAUACAAAGUCCAGAUAUAUGUACUCCUGAAGGACAGAUGGCUUUUGAUUGUGAAACUCCAAAGGAAUCUGAAUCUCCUCGUUUUCAAGCCAUUCUUCGUGUUACAAGUGGGCCAAGGAAAAGAAAUCCAGCAGAUAUAAAAAGCUUUUCCCAUGAGUUGAAUUCUAAGGGAGUACGGCCUUUUCCAUUUUGGAAGCCUCGUGGUUUAAAUAAUCUGGAGGAAGUUUUAAUCAUGAUACGAGGAAGGUUUGAGAAAGCCAAGGAAGAAGUAGACUCUGACUUAGCUGUUUUUGCAGCCGAUCUAGUCGGUCUCUUAGAAAAGAACACAGAAAAUCAACCUGGGUGGCAGGAAACUAUUGAGGACUUAUUGAUCCUAGCUCGGAGUUGUGCUAUGACACAACCAAAUGAGUUCUGGCUCCAGUGUGAAAGCAUAGUUCAGGAAUUGGAUGACAGGCGUCAGGAGUUGCCUCCAGGUACUCUGAAGCAGCUUCAUACGCGGAUGCUUUUUAUACUAACGCGAUGUACCAGAUUGUUGCAAUUUCACAAGGAAAGUGGAUUAGCAGAGGAUGGGCAUGCCCUUCAGCUGCGCCAAUCAACAAUUUUACAGUUUGCAGAAAAAAGGCUUCCUCUUGGAAAAGAUAGAAAAAGUGGUGUUUCUGGAAAGAUUUCAAGGGGAUCAUCUGCACAAAAAUCCUUUAGUCAAGAACAACAUGGUCACAGUUUGCGUACUUCAGAUAUAUUCACUCCUGUUGAAGCGACAAAGAUAACUGAAUCUCCUUCUGGGAGGGAGCGGAUUACUUCCUGGAAAAAACUCCCUUCGCCUGGUGUUAAAAAAACAGAAGUUCCGCUUGAAAUCGAGCAGAGUGAUAGUAAAUUGGAGCAUAUAAACAUAUCUAACAAAAGUGAAAUAUUAGAUACGGAUCCGUCUUCUAUAAAGGGAUCUGAGGCCCUUUCUUCCAAAGAUUCAGUUGCACAAACUUGUGCUUCGUCUAAACACCGGCAGAAAAAUUCCUGGGGUUACUGGGGAGACCAGCCAAGUGUGUCAGAUGAGAGUUCCAUAAUAUGCCGAAUAUGUGAGGAAGAGGUUCUAACUUUACAUGUGGAAGAUCAUUCAAAAGUAUGUGCAGUUGCUGAUAGAUGUGAUCAGAAGGGCUUAAGUGUCAAUGAACGCCUUUUAAGAAUUGCUGACACUUUAGAAAAGAUGAUUGAAUGUCCUCCACAAAAGGAUUUUCUACCUGCAAUUGGGAGCCCUGAUGCUGCAAAAGUAUCAAAUUCGGGUGUUACUGAAGAGUCUGAUGUUUUUUCUCCAAAACUUAGUGACUGGUCUCGCAGGGGAUCAGAGGACAUGCUGGACUCUUUUCCUGACACUGAUAAUGCUGUAUUCAUGGAUGAUUUGAAAGGCUUAUCAUCUAUGUCUUGUAAGACUCGUUUUGGCCCAAAAUCUGAUCAAGGAAUGACAACAUCAUCUGCUGGUAGCAUGACUCCUAGGUCUCCUUUAAUGACACCAAGAACCAGCCAAAUAGAUUUGCUUCUAUCUAGUAAAGGUGGUUAUUCAGAACACGAAGAUCAUCCUCAGAUGUCUGAACUGGCAGACAUUGCCCGAUGUUCAGCAAAUGCGCUGUCUGAAGAUGAUCGUUCAAUGAACUAUUUACUCACAUGUCUGGAGGAUUUGAGCGUUGUCAUUGGCCGUCGGAAAUUUGAUGCACUCACUGUAGAGACUUUUGGAGCCCGAAUUGAGAAGUUGAUUCGGGAAAAAUACCUACAACUAGUGGAGCUGGUUGAUAAUGAGAAAAUUGAUCUUGUAAGUACUGUAAUUGAUGAAGAUGCACCUUUGGAAGAUGAUGUCGUACGUAGUUUAAGAACCAGCCCUAUUCAUUCUGCCAAGGACCGCACGUCCAUUGAUGACUUUGAGAUUAUGAAACCUAUUAGUCGUGGGGCAUUUGGUCGGGUUUUCUUGGCUAAGAAACGAACAACAGGAGAUCUUUUUGCUAUAAAGGUUUUGGCUAAGGCAGAUAUGAUUCGCAAGAAUGCUGUGGAGAGUAUUUUAGCAGAACGCAAUAUUUUGAUUUCUGUCCGCAAUCCUUUUGUGGUUCGUUUCUUUUAUUCAUUUACUUGUCGUGAAAACUUGUAUUUGGUUAUGGAGUAUUUGAAUGGAGGAGAUCUGUAUUCACUGUUAAGGAAUUUAGGCUGCUUAGAAGAAGAUGUUGCUCGGGUCUAUAUAGCCGAAGUGGUACUUGCUUUAGAAUAUUUGCACUCUCUUCAUGUGGUUCAUCGUGAUCUCAAGCCGGACAAUCUAUUAAUUGCCCAUGAUGGUCAUAUCAAGUUGACAGACUUUGGUCUAUCAAAAGUUGGUCUCAUCAACAGCACUGAUGAUUUAUCUGGCCCUGCGGUUAGUGGGACAACCAUUUUUGAAGAUGAUCAACCGCAAUUGUCUGCUUCAGAGAAGCAGCAAGAAAGAAGGAAGAAGCGUUCUGCAGUUGGAACACCUGACUAUUUGGCACCUGAGAUUCUUUUGGGAACAGGACAUGGAGCUACGGCUGAUUGGUGGUCUGUUGGAGUUAUUCUAUUCGAACUCAUUGUUGGAAUCCCUCCCUUCAAUGCUGAACAUCCCCAGAUAAUUUUUGACAAUAUUCUCAAUCGCAAUAUUCCAUGGCCUCGUGUUCCAGAUGAAAUGAGCUCUGAAGCAGCAGAUCUUAUAGACAAAUUAUUGACUGAAGAUCCUAAUCAGAGACUUGGAGCUAAAGGAGCAUCAGAGGUGAAGGCACAUCCUUUCUUCAGAGAUAUUAACUGGGACACGCUGGCUAGGCAGAAGGCAGCAUUUGUUCCUGCUUCAGAGAGUGCAGAUGAUACGAGUUACUUCACAAGUCGUUAUUCUUGGAAUCAUUCAGAUGACCAUGUUAAUGCAGCUAGUGAAUUUGAAGACAGCAGUGAUGAUGGUUCUGCUAGUGGGAGCAGUGGCUAUCUGAGUGACAAACAAGAUGAAUUGGGAGAUGAAUGCAGUGGAUUGACCGAGUUUGAAUCUGGCUCAGCUAUUAAUUACUCCUUUAGUAAUUUCUCCUUCAAGAAUCUCUCUCAGCUUGCUUCAAUCAACAUUGAUUUACUUAGCAAAGGUUGGAAAGAUGAUCCACCCCCAAAUUCAAACGUUUGACUACCAUGUAUUCCGAGUCAAGAGCGUCCUGGGAUUCCCUGUUUGAUUGUACAACCUGUAAAUAAAUAGAAGCAGCUAUUAGAGAACAUACAACGGAAUGUGUCUAACCUCAUACACUGCAACAAAUUUUGUAUUGAGGGGUUGCCGAUGUCGUUGAGGUUUUUUGUUCAAUUCCGGAACUUAGAGAAUGUUAACAACCAUUGAUAAUUUUCUUAUGGAAGAAUUUGGGUUGGAGAGGGGGGCAUGUCAACUCGACUUGUAUUUUUUAUCGAACCCAAACUAAGUUCAAUUAAAAUUAAUGUGAUUACAAUGAUAAGGGUCUUAAUUUUGGCUUAACAAUAUAUUGAU